AUGAAGCUUUGGAGCUAAUAAGAACGAUGCCUCUGGAGCCGAGUGCUGGUGUCUGGGGUGCUCUAUUUGGUGCGUGCAUGAUCCAUAAAGAUUUUGUUUUAGGCGAGAUAAUUGGGAAAUACCUUGUUGAAAUGCAACCGUUUGGUAGUGGUGGCUAUGCACUAUUAGCAAACAUGUAUUAUUGUUCCCAGAAGUGGGAGGAAUCAGCAAGUUUGAGAAUAACAAUGAAGAGGAGAAGAGUAGAGAAGGUUCGAGGUUGUAGUUUUAUUGAAAUUGAUGGUGUUCUUCAUCAAUUUAUUUCGUCUGAUGAAUCUCAUCCCCACUCUAAAGGAAUCUAUGAAAGUUUAGCUGCAAUGGCCAUUCUGAUGAAAUUACAAUGGUGUCCUUUAGAUUGUUUUGUGGUGUUAUUCGACAUGGGUGUGAGAUAAAAUGUUCACGGCAUAAUCCUCGUGUUACCCGUUGAUCAAUGUUGCAGAAUCGAAAGAAGUGCUCAUGCUCCAAAGGUCAAGUUGGUUAUCAGUAACAUCAGAGGUUGACAAGGACCCAAACGCCAAUUUUAGGAAUCGAGUCAUCCAGGAGGCAACCUUAUCAGGGGUCGAUUCAGCCACAGAGGACAAUGCACUUUGUUUCACUCAGAUGUUAGAUUCCCUGCACGGAGAGCAUCACGGCGGUUAUGAAAGAGACAUGGGCAUUGGUGCCACUCGGACUUACUUGAGGACGUCCUCCAUACCGGAAAUCGACACUUCUAAUCAGGAACUACGUCGCGAGGUGGCUGAUCUUAGAGCUCGGGUAGCUGAGAUGGAUAGUCUCAGGGAGGAGCUUAGGGAGGAGCUUAGGGAGGAAUUUAGGUCUCAGAUGCAUUUGAUUACUAACAAUAUGGUUAAUUCUCAGGGCGCUCGUUCUGCUCCCACUCGUAGUGAUCCAUCAGCUUUUACGCGACCGGCUCCAAUUCAUCAGCCCGCUACCGAUAUACCUCAUUCUGCUCGUCCUGCUUCGACUGCAAACACUUCUACUUCCAGUGCUCAAGGUUUGUCACAUGAGAAUAUUGCUAGGAUAUUUGCAGACUUAAGGCGUUCGGGCUUGUCCCAAGAGGAUAUUCUUCGAGGAAUUUCUUCUGUUCAUUGAUUGGAUGAAUUAGACUAUUCCUAUCUUAUAUUUUGGAUGUAUGAGACAUUUUGGAUAUUAGAGACAAAUAUAUAAUAUUGGAUACUUUUCAUUGUGAGAUA